AAACCUGGGGCCAGGAUGGAGAGAAAUGGAUGGCUGAGCCAGCCAGAGUUGAUGGAGGGGUGACACGAUGGACUCCCAUGCUGGCCCAGGUGGCCAGGAGGAGGGAAGUGUCCUUCACCCCAAGCUGGUUUCAUUAACCGCCGUAACAAAGGCGGCCCGGGGCGGGCGGGGUGUGUGUGGCGAGGCUCCGAGGCACGGAGAUCCACGCAGAGCUGGGCCAGGGCCAGAGACCGGGCCCGGCAUCCUCCUUGGGCUCCUCUCAGCUCCCGCGUCCGAGUCCAGGACAACCACGCGCCCUGCUCCCCGGCACUUCCCCGUCGAGGGCGUCCUUCCGCGCGCGGAGCUCCUGGGGCGCCUUCGGGGUCCCGUCUUCCCCUGGAAAUGAUUCCGCAGGUCGGGUCGCGGCCGCGGAGUGGGUGGACCAAGACCACAGCCGGACCGGGAGUGCGCGGCGGCCGAGAACGCGCAGGACCCCAGCUUCCCGUCCGGCCGAGCCCUCCCCUCUGGGCCUCCCCUUCCUCAUCUGGACUGGCGGGGACACACGCCGGCGACCCGCCUGGCCGACCGCAGAGCGCCGCACUCGAAAGUGCGCGAGACGGACCGACGCCCGCCGACGCAGAGGUUACCGCUUUGCACAGGAAAGCGCGCUCCGCAAGCCGUCCCUUUAAGGCGUUGGGCCCGCCCGAGGCAUUCUGCCCCUCGCCGCUCCCCGUAGUGCCCCUCCGAGAGGCUGGCUUUGUGCGCUCGCCCCGCCCCGCCGCCGCCCCGCCUCUCGCGCACGCGCACUGCCGGCGCCCCCCCGCGCCGCCUCGUCGUGCUCGGCCCGGCUCCCGCCCAGGCGGCGGCGACGCGACGCCCCGAGCGCCCGCCCCGCCGCCGCGGCCGGCAGCCCGCGCGCAUCUCGCCCUUGCUCUCCGCCGCUGCUCCACGGACACACCCCAGACCCCCCGACCGGCGCUGGCCUGGCGCGCCGACCCGUCCGCUCUCCUCUCCUGCAGAAACGCCCCUACCCCGACCUGCUGCCCGCCCUCAGCCCAGCCCGCCAGGCCCCGUGUCUCCCCCGAGAAGCGGGCUCCGCAGGUCCGUUCUCCAGGCCCUUCAGACACCCUGGCAGGUGCUGCGCCGGACGCUGCCUCUGAGGUUGGCCCGCCCCCCCAGGAGGCAGAUAGGUUUCGAUUAGCUCUUUGCGCUCGGGGGCCUUCGUGUGGAGCUGUGAACUCCGCUUCCCGCGCCUCCCGCCCGUCCCCCUGCCCGGUGGGCUUUACAGCCAUGGCAACGGAGGAGAAGAAGCCAGAGACGGAGGCCGCCAGAGCACAGCCCACCCCUUCCUCCUCGGCCACGCAGAGCAAGCCGACCCCCGUGAAACCCAACUAUGCUCUCAAGUUCACCCUGGCCGGCCACACGAAAGCCGUGUCCUCCGUGAAAUUCAGCCCGAACGGGGAGUGGCUGGCAAGUUCGUCUGCUGAUAAACUCAUUAAAAUUUGGGGAGCGUAUGAUGGAAAAUUUGAGAAAACCAUAUCUGGUCACAAGCUGGGCAUAUCGGAUGUGGCCUGGUCGUCAGAUUCCAACCUCCUUGUUUCCGCCUCAGAUGAUAAAACCCUAAAGAUCUGGGAUGUGAGCUCGGGCAAGUGUCUGAAAACCCUGAAGGGCCACAGUAACUAUGUCUUUUGCUGCAACUUCAACCCCCAGUCCAACCUCAUCGUCUCGGGCUCCUUUGAUGAAAGUGUGAGGAUAUGGGACGUGAAAACAGGGAAGUGCCUCAAGACUUUGCCUGCGCACUCGGACCCGGUCUCAGCGGUUCAUUUUAAUCGGGAUGGAUCCUUGAUAGUGUCAAGUAGCUACGACGGGCUCUGUCGGAUCUGGGACACCGCCUCGGGCCAGUGCUUGAAGACGCUGAUCGAUGACGACAACCCACCUGUGUCCUUCGUGAAGUUCUCUCCAAACGGCAAGUACAUCCUGGCCGCGACCUUGGACAACACGCUGAAGCUCUGGGACUACAGCAAAGGGAAGUGCCUGAAGACGUACACCGGCCACAAGAAUGAGAAAUACUGCAUUUUUGCCAAUUUCUCAGUCACUGGAGGGAAGUGGAUCGUGUCUGGUUCCGAGGACAACUUGGUGUACAUCUGGAACCUGCAGACCAAGGAGAUCGUACAGAAAUUACAGGGCCACACAGACGUGGUGAUCUCGACGGCGUGCCACCCGACGGAGAACAUCAUCGCCUCAGCGGCGCUGGAGAACGACAAGACCAUCAAGCUGUGGAAGAGCGACUGCUAGACGCCCGGCGCUGCGGGCGCUGCGGGCGGUCAGGACGGUGGCCGUGGCCCAGCGCGGCGUCUGGAAGUGCGCCCUUGCGUCUGGGCCUGGGGGUCGGGAGGGGCCCGGAUUCAGCCACCUCUGAGGACGGUGUGGCGGGGCGGGGGGGGGGGGGUCUCCCACCAGAAAGUUCUCGAAGUUGCUGGUGGCAUUUCCUGCCGAUCCCUCUCCCACUGUCUGGGGAAGUUUCUAGUCCGUAUUGUGUUCAAACAAGAGUCAACAAGAAUUUUUAAUUUUUUAUUACAGAAGAGUGAAGUUCACUUUA